UCGGCCAUUUAAACCUCACAUGCUGCUGGAGUGUAGACUGAUCUUUUUGUGCUGAAAAAAAUAACAUUGAAUUGAAGCAUCAAAAUGGGUACCAACAAAGUUCAGAAGAAGUCUAAGGAUGUAAAGCAAAGGCCUCAUCUGUGGUCCUUCUACUGCUUGAUGGAGCAAAAUCUCGCUGGAUUGUACCCAUCGGACAAUUUUUCUGCUGCAGACUCUGUGAUGGGAUCAACCAUAUCAACAUGGACUGGAUGAACCCAAGCUGUGGUUGUGCCAGAUUUUGCACCUUGCGUGGUGCAAGUCUAGAAAUGCUGAACUUGAGAUCGUUGAAGAAGGCUCAGUGUAGUCUUCCAAAUGAAAGGAAGAUUUUGGUUGAGUUGGGUCUUGCGUGACCUGAUAAAGGUUUCGAAGCGAAGGAGGGAAAAGAGCCUAAAGAGCUUACUUUGCGUAAAGUGAGAAUAUGUUGAAAGUUUCGAGGCUCAUUUGUGCCCACCAUGGCACAAAUCGAAAGUGGUAGUGUUAGACAAAGGUAGGUCUAGCGUGGCCUGCAAAACUUGACACAUGGCUGGUGUGUGGGUCUCGCGUGGCCUUAAAGUGUAAUUAAUCUAAAUCGUAAUGAAAACGGGUCUUGCGUGGCCUCGAUUAUUGUUGUAAUAUGGGUCUUGCGUGGCCCUUCAUUGGUUAUUCUUAGUGUAAGUUAUGUAAAACCCCAAUGACAUCGGGUCUUGCGUGGCCUGGUCAUUGGACAAUGGGUCUUGCGUGGCCCCGGUUGGUAGAAUUAAAUGACCCCUACGUAAAGUGGCGGGUAGUACCAAAUCAACAUGAUGUGAUGGGCUGAGCGCUUUGUGGAUAUUCUGGUUGUCUUGUGGCGAUGGUACCAUGGCAUGGCUUCGGGCUUUCUCCUCUUUAUGGAUGAUUGAGUCGUCGUCUUGCCCUACCAAACCUCCAGGCUUCACUCCCAGACCACUUCCACUCUCGCCGUCUAUCAUGUGUAUAUGGGGGCCAAGACUGUUGAGCAGGCAGGAAAGAAGUCUGGCAAGGGAAAGAAGUACAGCAAUGUUCCACCUCCUAAGGCUGUUGAAGAGGAGAGUGACAGUGAGGAAUCUUCAGAAGACGAGGUCGAAGUCCCCGUUAAGAAGGGAGCCAAGAAGGUCGUGAAGCCACAGGAGAGCGACGAUGACAGCAGCGAGGAAGACAGCUCAGAGGAAGAAGAGGUUGCAAAGCCAGCACCCAAGGCCAAGAAGGCUCCAGUGAAAGCCGCUAAGCCCGCCCCUGCUGAAGAGAGUAGCGAUGAAGAUGACAGCGAGGAGGAUGACAGCAGCGAGGAGGAAGAGGAGGAGAAACCCAAAGCAAAGGCCGCUGCCAAGAAACCUGCCCCCAAGAAGGUAGUCGCCAAGGAGGAGAGCAGUGAUGAUGAUAGUGAUGAGGAUGAGAGCGAAGAAGAGAUGGAGACUAAACCAACCAAGGCAGCCAAGGCCAAGGCUGCUCCCGCUAAGAAGGACAGCAGUGAUGAGGAGGAGGAUAGCGACGAUGAAGACGACAGUGAAGAGGAGGAAGCAAUGGAAGUGAAGCAGACCAAGACUGCUGUCAAGAGGAAGAAGACAGAAGAGAGUAGCGAAGAAGAGGAUAGUGAUGAAGAUAGUGAGGAAGAGGACGCACCUCCAGCAAAGAAGGUCAAGACCCCAGCUGGUGCCAAGAAGCCCAAGGCCAAUGGUGACUCUACCCCAGCCCCUGCCAACGGUAGUGAUGACAUGAUCAGUAUCUUCAUUGCCAACGUAGACCCAUCUACUACCGGGGAACAGAUCCAGGAGUUCUUUGAAGAGAACGGCGUCACCUGCUCCAACGCACGCAUGGUCAAGAGCAGAAAGUUCGCCUACGUAGAUGUAGCUUCCGAGGAAGAGUUCAACAAGGCCAUCGAGCUGAGUGAAUCUGAACUGAACGGUAGUAACAUCAGGUUGGAACGCGGGCGUAAGAUGGACAAGACCCCUCAGCGUGGAGGACAAUCAAAUGAGAGGGCACCACCAAGGGGAAGAAGUGACGGAUCGGAUGAGCGAACACUGUUUGCCAAGGGAUUGAGUUACAGCACCAGUAAAGAGACACUGAUCGAGAACUUUGGCGCUUCAGAUGCUAGGAUUCCUAUGAAUGAGGAAGGCAGACCAAAGGGAUUUGCAUUCAUCGAGUUUGCUUCCGAGGAGGCUGCUGAGGAAGCCCUGAAGAAUCAGCAAGGAGUUGAGAUUGAUGGCUGGUCUUUGAUGCUAGACUACUGCGGAUCCAAGAGGAAGAACUUUGCAUCUCCCGGUGGUCGUGGAGGAGGACGCGGUGGUGGCGGACGAGGAGGGGGACGCGGUGGUGGUUUCGGCUCAUUUGGUGGUGGAGAUACCUCCAACAGCAAGACAUUGUUUGUAAAGGGCAUCUCGCAUGAUGCUACUGAAGACUCCAUUGCCAGCUCUCUUGGUGCCUCAUCGGUCCGAAUUCCUAGGGACAGGGAAACCAACGAGAUAAAAGGGUUUGCAUAUGCUGAUUUUGAAGACCGCAGUGGAGCCCAGUCAGCUAUUGAUAGUUACCAGGGUAACGAAGGCAUGUUCCUAGACUUCGCUAGGGAACGAACCAGCAGCCCUGGAGGCCGAGGUGGAUUUGGUGGACGAGGAGGAGGACGCGGCUUCGGUGGACGAGGCGGUGGUCGUGGGUUCGGAGGACGGGGAGGAGGUGGUUUCGGUGGACGCGGCGGUGGUCGCGGUAGGGGAGGAUUCGGCGGAGGAAGGGGACGAGGAGGUUUCGAGAAGAAGGACGGCAUCAAGGCUUUCCAGGGCAAGAAGAAGACAUUCGGAGAUGACUAGACGGUCCUUCUACAAUGCUCUAGAAAAGACUUUGAUAUCAUGAUUUGAAGGAUAUGUUGUUACCUUCAUAACCUUCGAGUGCCAUCCCAAACUGGACAUUUCAGCAGGUCGAACAUUAACCUUGGACAUCAUCAUCGUGUCAUCCCCUGCAUCGGCUGUUUGACCCUAAACAUGUUUGUUCUCAGUAUUGCCAAAUGAGUAAACAAGUGUCGAGUUUAUAGUUCUUUUUCCAGAUUUCUAGAUUUCAAUUUGAUUGGAAAUGUUUGGACCGAGAAGGAGAGGGAUUGUGAAACGAAAGAGGUAGAAAUGGAAUGUUGCAGAAAAGCUAGUUUUGAUGUCUGCCCUCUUCGGGACACAAAUAUUUGAUGAAUGGGGGGGGGGAGGGGACACGAAGGAAAGACCGACAUAGUCAUGCAACAAAUUAUUGUGAAAGAACUCCACUAUAGCUGCACUUAAAAGAUGAAAAUAGAGGUGGUUAUUGCACUAGUUAUCUUAUUUGAUUUUCUUAGUGUCUAAGAAAUAUAUAUAUAUGUAUUCAAAUUUCACAAUGGUUUAAUCAAUGAAUGGUAUUGGGGAUCAAGAACCUUGAGUACAGGGAUGCCCUAGGCCCCUAGUAAUGUUUAGAAAGCGGGGCACAUUUCAGGCUUUUUGUAUGAAUUAUUUUAAAGACUUUUCAGGCUCAAUCGUGAAAUUUCACUUGUACCCUGGAGUAAUUAUGUAUUUCAAUUUGACAUUUUGAAAACUAUUUUUGUGUAUGUCAGUUGCAUAAUACAUGCACAUGUAAAUAUUUUCCUUGAUAUAUGCUUUUCUUAAAAUGUAUGCUGUAUAAUAUAUAUCACAUCAUGUAGCUCUUUUAAUACGUUUUACUUUAUUUUCUCUUCAACAAAAUGUCCGACAAGCUGUAUAGACCUUUGAAUUUUUAAGGAUGUUAACAUUUUGUUAAAAUGAGUUUUAUUAUUGUCACUUGAGAUUGAAUAAUGUACAGUCAUUUAAUAUGAAGAAUGAUAAGUAAAAGGAAUAAAACAAUAUUCAAACUGUA